AUGGAGGCGGCCCCACCCUCCGACAACCUCUACAUCGCGGACCUCCCGCCGGGCUUCGAUGAGCCGAGCCUUCAACAAAUCUUCGGGGAGUACGGAACCGUCACGCAGUUUAAGCUCCUGCACAACAGCGGCCCCGGCGGAAAGACCGCCGCACUGGUGAGAUUUCAGUCCGUCGAGGAGGCGAGCUGGCUGGUUGAGAACCUGGAUGGGAACAUCCCGCAAGGGUUAAACGCACCGAUUAUCGUGAGGUAUGCCGACACGCCGGAGAUGAAAGCAGCCAAGCAGGGUCAUGCGAUGGCCACCUGGCAGGCCGCUCCGCCCUGGGGUGGCAUGAAAGGCAUGGGAAAGGGCGGAUGCGGAGGAAAGGGCAAGGUCACCACUAUGCGGGCAUCGCCUUAUCCAACCUAUUCAGCAAGCAAAGGCCAAAGUUGGAGCCCCGGCCCCGUGGCGAGCCCCAUGGGGAUGAAAGGCAUGGGUGGCUUCAAAGGCGGCAAAGCUCCAUCUUCGCCGAAGGGCAAAGGCAAGGGAAAGUGCAACAUCAAGACACUGAUCAAUGGGCUUCUAGAGGCGCAGGCACUUCCGGGCUGCACCGACAUCGACAAUGAUCGAAAUGCUCUCUAUAUCAGCGGGCUGCCGAAUGACACGCAGGACAUCGACCUCUACCGAAUCUUUGCCCCCUUUGGUUCCAUUGCUCCGCGAGGUGUGCGAGCGAUGCUCCAUCCAGAUGGUACAUGCCAGGGCUUCGGGUUCGUGAACUACAUGGACAGCGGCGCCGUCCAGUUGGCCGCAGCAACGCUUCACGGGACGACGAUGCCUGGCGGACAAGAGCUGACCGUCAAGCCGAAGGAGCCCAAGAAGGAGAAGGAGAACGGUCUCAACCAAGGCACUUCGCACAGCUCGUUAAAGAUUUACCUGCUGGGAGAUCUCGGCCCUGUGUGUCAGCUGAAGCCCGGCGCAAAGUUCCAAGUAAAGGCAGAUGCAGGAGGCGAUGUCCUGCACCUGUCGCAGGCCUGCCUGCAUCAGCCCACAGCUGGCAAAAACUUCCUCCAGGUCGUGGAUGGAGCGACCUCCUACUCCAUAGCUUGCCUACAGAAGGACAAGAGCGAGUAUGCCUCCUUCGACCUCUUCUUCCGCACCGGAACGUGCUCCUUCCACAACAAGGGCAGCAGCGAGAUGCACCUCACGGGAUACUUCGAACCAGAUGGCAUGCCAGACGACGAUGAAGAGGAGGAAGAGGAAGAAGAGGAAUCGGAUGAAGAGGCGCAGUGCGUCGUGGUGUGCUUCUUUGUGGCCAUUGUCUUAUGGUCUUCGGGCUUCAGGAGCUGUGCGGGGCUGGGCACCAUGGGCUGCGGGACGAGUGUGCAGCAGGAGGACAUCAAGCCCGUGACCGAGUCCGAGGAGAAGCUUGAGGAGCCCGGAACCUGGGCAUCCAAGCCCUCCCAGGUGGACAGGCCUGCAGUCUCGACUGCCGCAGCUCGGGAUCGAGAGGCUGCGAAGGAUCCCGGUGCGGCUUCUGACGAGGCUGCGACCGGUUCAGGUUCACUGCACAAGCCGGUGGAGCAUAGUGUCGUGGUGAUGGAUCCGGAUGAUGGCGACGAUGUCGAGGUCAUCUAUGAGGGGAAGGGAACCUCAAGUGCGAGAGACGUUCCUGAGACGCCCUCCAUAGCGGCCGAAGGUGAGGCCGAGGAUGGCCAGGCCGACGUGGAUCUUGCCCUUGCUAUGGUAGCCGGUGAUGAUGACCCGAAGCCUGUCCUGUCAAAGCAGCUGUCAAAGCAGCAGCAGGAGGAGGCGGCCAAGAUGGCAGAGCAUCGAAAGCGGUUCGACAACCAGAGGUAUCAGAGAGGCCAGUCUGGCUCUGGCGAGACAGGUCCCGGGGCUGCACCGGUUCCGGCGAUCUCCCCUCAGAAGGAGAGCAAAGCGGCCCACGAGAUCAUGGGCGUAAAUUCCUCCGCCCUCACUCCCAGAAAGGCAGGCUUGGAGGAGUGCCUCCCUGGCGGGAUCCUGGAGGAUGACCUGCCGGGCCAGACCACCGUGCCUACUCGUACGCAUCGGAACAAUCACUUUGACGAUGACGACGAGAUGCUGAUGAAGGAGAUUCUCGACAGCAUCGAUGGCUGA